AUGUUUCCGGCAGAUUUCAUAGACAAUAUUCAAAAAUUCCAGUUGGAUGUUUCAAAUGCUUCACCGGAAGAUUUUUCCGACAAGCUAAACUUAUUCACAUCAUUACUAUUUUUAAUUUGUACCAUUGUUAUCACAUUUAAACAAUAUGUAUUUAAUAGUAUGUCAUGUUAUAUACCAAUUCAUCCAACUGGUAAAGAUUUUGAAAAUUUCUUAUCGGAUUAUUGUUGGGUUCAUGGGACGAUUCCAUUAAGACCGAAUGAACCAAUGCCGAAAUCACCGGAAGAAUGGCAUAUUUAUGAAAAACAACGUCGAAUAUUAAUAUCAUCAUGUAAUCUUGUUAUUACAACCAAUCACUGUGUCAUUAACUAUUCGGCUUUAAUUGAUAUUAGCAUUCAUAAUAUUCAAUCGUAA